GUCUUUUUUCACCCAACAGAAAUCUCGGAUCGAACCCCAUCUUGCGUUCAAGAUGUGGAGAUAAAAGACGCUCCUUCCCCAAACGAAUUCAAUUCGUUCCAAUACUGGCGGGAUCCGCUUCCUUUUAUUCAGCUAAAUCUUGAAACGGAGCCGAUGAACAUUGACUAACUCCUUAAAUAUGAGUGUGCAAGGUGAUCCCGCGAUGCGCAAGAAAGAACGUGCGCUUGCAAUAGCAGAUUUGCGGAAGUCGUAUUUGAGAGACUUGAAAGAUGGCUUUGAGGAUGUUAAGCAUGGAAGCACUUAUCGCUCGUCCCAUGUCAAGGUUUUGAUGAAGCAUGUUGACGCAGUGGGUCCAGAAUAUUUUUUCCGAGGUCUCCAAAGUGGAGCUGCGAGAGCUCUGAUCGCUCCAUCAGACAGCAAAGAAGCGACCAAUGUUUUGGAUUUUGUCACUGAUCUACUUGUGAAGUUGCAAAUAGAACAUAUCAAAAAGGCGGCGUCGGAGCAAGAAGAAGGAGCGGAUUUAGAAGAUCCUGGAGUUCAUCCAGUUGUUGAAGAUUUGAUGCUUCCUUGGCUUGCAUCAUCGAUGAUGAGUGACUCAAGGGAUAGUGGAACAAGGUUCCAUGUCAUGUACUUGAUUUCGGAACUCUUCACGAAAUUACCCGAAACCACCAAACUUGAAUUGGGUCUUUAUGAAAAGAUACAGGAAGUUAUGCUGAAGCGUGUGCGGGAUGUGAUUCCAGCAAUCCGGGUUCUCGCUGUGCGUUGCAUGGAGAGAAUGCAGGACUCCAGUGCCGGUGCAUGUCGGGUAACCGAAGCGCUCAUGUUUCACGCAGAGAAAGACGUGAAUUGGCAGGUCCGCAAAGCAGCCAUCUCAUCUCUUCAACCGUGUCGCGCAACAUUGAGUGCGUUUCUUGGUCGAAUUAGUGACGUGAAUGCAAAUGUGAGGAAGCAGGCGUAUGUGGCGAUAGGACAAAAGAUUUCCUUGAAGGCCAUCAAAGCAGGAAUCCGCGAGAAAAUCUUCAGCAAGGGACUCACGGAUCCAAAUGAACACGUGAGAAACUCAGUGCGCAAAGAAAUCUUGCAGAAGUGGAAGGAUUCAUCUGCCGGAAUCCUGCAGUUGUUGCAGCGACUGGAUUUGGUUGGUGUUCCUGAAGCUGGAACUGCCAUCACUUCAACUUACUUCAAAAAACUGAGGCCCUAUGAAGUGAUGCUUCCAAUCACUGAAUUGAUGGAUCCGGAAACUCGGCUGGUUAAACCAGAAGCUUUAAAUGAAACUGUGGCAUUUUACUGGACUGAGGCGUAUCAUUACCUCAAAGAACAAGCUCGGAAUCAGAAAGCUGAAGUCGCUGCCGUUGAAGCCCAAAAGCCUUUGAAACCCUUUGUCGAAGCGCCUGUUUCUGCUGAUGAAGAAGAAGCAACAGAACCUGAAAAUGAACAAUUUUUUUCGUGGGUGACGAGUUUGUCGAAGAUAGAGCCGGAAGAGUUUGCCUUCGCGCAGUAUCUCGUCGAAUUUUUCAAGGCCCCUUUGAAUUUGGAAGCUGGGAAUAACAGGAAUCAGAUUGAAAUAGCUCGAGUGAGGAAAGAUUUCAUCAUUGAGCAGUUGGUGCGGUUUACGAAGGCAUUUGCACUGACUGAUCCGUCAAACAGGAAUGCGUUGACGGAAGCUUUCAAGACUAUGCUCGUCAGUUCAGACCUUGCCCAGGAUUCUGUCAAAUGCAUCCUAGAUGUUUUUCCAAAGAUAUGCUCAAGCACGAAUGAUCGAAUUGCGACUAUGCUGGACGUCGUCUCGGAAAUCAGAUUUCCUCUUCAAGUUUCUGCUACGCGUGAAGUUCCUUCUGAAGAUGAACUCACGCAGUUGCGCAUUAAGCACACGCAUUUGUCUCGUGCCGUGCAGAGAGUGAAGAUGGAAAUCGAUGGGGCCACUCGUAAGAUGGACGUGGACAUGAUCAGUACUCUCACGGAUCAAUUGCGACAGAGCAAACAGGAACUAGAGAAUCACGAAGCAAUCAUGAACAAAGCCAUUGAGUGUGCAAAAUUGGCUGAAGAAGAAGCCGAAAAGUGCGAGUCUCGAGAUGAUCCAGAGAGUGUUCGGAGAGCCCUCGAUGUCAUCUAUGGCACUUUGUCAGAGCUGAAGAUGGAUAAGAUCCCCGAUUCAUUACAAGUACUCAAGGAGCAAUUUGUCAUUCCUUCGAUUUCGUCUGGGGAUGCGAAAGUGAGAAACAGGGCUGUUGCUGUUCUGGGUCAGUUGUGUGUGUUCUGCCUGGACACCGCCAGGACGAAUUUCGCUCUCUUGCUGCAGAUCUCUAAAUUGGAUGCCGACUUCGUUGUUGUCAGUGCUUUGAAAAGUAUUUUCGACAUCAUGCUCAGAUGGGGCGCACAGGUUUUUGUAAACGCUGCCGAAAUGCCGUUGGAACUUCUGAACCCAACGAUGUCGAGAAGCCACCAAACGGAAGCUACGGAGGUCUCGGUGGGUGGAGACGAAGAUGGUGUGGACAGGGAUGUGAAAAAUGCUGUCUUCCGUAAUCUGAUGAUGAUUCUUGGCCAGGAAUUCACUUUGCAAGAUGAAGAAAUCCGAGCGACGUGUGCACUUGGAUUGAGCAAACUGAUGUUACGGAAGUUGUGGAGGAAUUCUACUGUCCUAUCGCGGUUGAUUUUAUUGUUUUUUAACCCAGCAAAAGGUGGCUCAAACCCGAAAGUUCAACAAGUGCUUAUGGGAUUCUUCACCUUUUUUUCUCUGGACGCGGACAACACAGACGUGAUCCUGGAUUCAUUUUUCAGUACAAUGAGGACAGUGCAAAACUCCCCAGUUUAUUCUCAACUCGCUGCCAUUAGAUUGGAUGACAUGAUCAGCUUACUAGUCGACAUGGCUUUGAACUUGGACCGUGGUAAUGCAGAGAAUCCUGCGCAGGAGUCAAUUGCGUUUCGGCUGUUGGGAGAAUUAAAAUCUCCGGAAAUGGAGGAUGAUGCUACUGCGAAAGUCUUCGCCAGAACUUUGGUUGAUCUCAAAAUUCCUGCUGAAAAUUACGUGUCUAUCCACUCGCUGCGGAAAGCUGCAUCAGCAGUUCUCAAGGCUUGGGAGGAGUCCCCAGUGGUUGGCAGGAGCCUCAAAAGAUUCAUCCAAGCCUGUGACAUGAAACUGGAACAAGCACCAGAAGGCAUGCAGUUCGACAAUGUGUCUGAAGUUGGCAGUGAAGCGAGAGGCGCUUCGCCUGAAGCAGCGGACUCCAUGCUGGCGUGUCAUUCACAACAAGAGAUUGAACCAGAUCCCACAAUCGAAUCAGAUAUCGAAGGGGAAGAUGAAGAUGCUACUGCAGUGGGUGUGCGACCAGUUGGGAUGCGAAGGUCCAUUCAUCGCCAGCGCACCGAAGACGGCGAGGACUUCGAGAUUCACCCAUCUGUCUGCCAAGCAAUCCCUGCUCAAACGUUGCGGGAGUUCGCAGAAACGACGGAGGAGAUUCUACAUCGGUCUAAGAAGGACAAGAGAGAAAAUACGGACACUGAUGAUGAUUCCAUAUUCGAACCCGGUAAGACGAGUACGGCUGUGAGACCAGCAAAAACGCGGUCUUUGAAUGCAUCAGUUUCCACGAUCAACGAGGAAGAGGAUGAAACCACCGUCGAGGCAUCUUCUCAGGAUUCGACGAUAAGAAAUGUUGACGCUGAUGCCAACGGGAAAUCGGAUGCUGAAGAGAGCCUGAAUGAGAAAACUAUCGAAAAUGUCUCACCUCCGCCGAAAACCGCUGAACCUGAAAAAGAAAGUCUACCGGCUGAAUCUUCACCCAAGAAGGGAAGACAAGCCGCUGACGAGAAGAAAGAAAUUUCUUCUGAGCAGGUUACAAAGAAAAAAAAUUUGGAAGUGAAGGACAAGGCUCCUCGGACUACGCCAAAGGUUGUCAAAAAAGCGAAAGAACCUGCGCCUACUGAAUCUUUGUCAGAGGGACGCAAAUCGCUGAGAAGCCAAGACGUCGCACCAGCUAGAACUAGAGCUCAGGAAGCGGCAACAAAGAAGACAGGAUCUUCCGAUGCGUCACAGAAAACGAAGGAGAAGCAGAGUAAAAUCCCUCAAGCCACCCGCACGACGAAACGGAGGCCGGAAGCUUCUCCCGCUUCCGCGACGAGGAAUAAGGAAGCUUCUGCUGUUGAGGCUUCACCUCCGAAAACCCGUCGCCAGCAGCGUUCGAGAUCUUCAUCCGUGUCUCUGUCGAAAUCACAAAGUGUAGUAGCAGACGGCAAUGCCAGGAAAUCUUUGAGAUCGGAUGGCAAAAACGAAACGAUCCCCCGACAAAAGUCUACCGUUCCGAAAGCUGUGGAGAAAUCCGUGAGCAAAACGCCGGUAGCUGCCGUCCGGAGGUCUUCGAGGAACACUUCCGCUCAGGAAGAAGACGUUGUCGCAGGGACGCCGGAAAUAAGGAGUGCGAUGAAGAGUCGCCUGCUUUCGAGGACGUUACGCUCAAGAGGCGGCCAGUGAACGUGCAAAACAAUACAAUCUUUGGAUGUUCUCCAUGUUUUUU